AUGUAUAGUUCUUUGAAGGAUUUCGACAAGAUCUCGUGCUGCAGUUCUUUGAGAGUUAAAAAAUAGUCGCGGUCAAAUUUCUGAAAGAAAAAUGUUUAAACUGUAUUUUCUUCUUUCCGUCGGUUUAAUGUUAAUACAAGUCAGCCGGGCUUGUGACGAGGAAAAUCAAUUAGUCAGACAUCAGCAAUCCGACGAGUACUUGGCCAGCGCUUACGAAUUCAAUCCUAAUCUAGAGAUGUUUCACCCAAUGGCUUAUUACGAGUCAGGCGCUCGUGUUCCAGAGUUUUACGCCAGUCCUUAUGAGGGACGAACCCCCUUCACUAAUAGGCCCACGAUCCAAUCUUUCAAGAAACAAUUGAAUAAUCGCCCAGAAGAAAAUAACCAAGCGGAAGGCCGUUUCGUACUGGGUAGUUUAGGCGCCAAUUUGAUCAACACGGGUCUAUUCAACAACCGUUUCACUCCGGCCAAUACGUGGAGGCCCUUCCAAAAUCUGGCCAAUCGAAUUCCAGUUUCUUACAAUCCCAAUUUUAAUAACCGUCCGAUCAACGCUUUCGACGCCUGCACGUCUUUUAGUGGAGACACUGGAAUCUGCGCUCCUGGAAACAUUUGCUCGUUAUUCGGUGGCCGACCAAGUGGUUCUUGCGUCCUCGGAAAAGUCUGUUGCAUCAACGCGAUAACAACUUGUGGAGGUACGGUUACCCUGAACAACACGUACUGGCAAUCACCAUAUACGGCUGUGAGUGCUCCGUCCACCUGCGCAUUAACUGUCCGGAUGGACACCAAACUCGUUGAACAAUUUGCCAAACCCAUUUGUCAAAUUCGUUUGGACUUUGUUUCGUUCUCGACCACCCAGCCGACAGCCGGAACUUGCACGGAUACGUUUACGGUUGGCGGAUCGACUUCUUCCGUGCCAAUUAUUUGCGGUGACAACGCCGGGCAACACAUGUACCUUGACGUCCCGUCAUCGGCCACUACUUCUAAUGAUGUCCAGUUGAUAUUCAAUUUUGCAACUGGAACGACAGCCACUCGCUCGUGGAACAUCAAAAUUGCUAUGCUCCCUUGUGGCGCAUCUUACCUCGCUCCAGCGGAUUGUCUCCAGUAUUUCACCGCUGCUACGGGCAGAGUUCGCUCGUUCAACUGGCAAGACGUCGCUGGAUCAGCAACUCGUCAACUCAACGAUCAGAAUUACAACAUUUGCUUCCGGACUGAACUUGUACCGUCUCAGAGGGCGACUCAGAUUUGUCUAUCAGUUUGUACGGUGACUAGUGGUGGUGAUCCUUUCUCCAUUACCACGCCCACCAGCACUAAAGCCGCUAAAUCCGCCACUGCCGUUGACAAUGCCAAGGCGAUCCUGGCGCCUCUCGAACUAGUUCUUGCCAAUGAAGAGGCUGCGCUUCUGCUAGCAAAAGAAGAUUUAAAGGUUAAAGAUGAUGCCGUUGCAAAAGCAGAAGCAGCGUACCUUAUAGCCCAAAACGGAGGUGACCCCGAAGCUGUUAUAGCUGCCGAAGCCGCCGUUAUCGCAGCCAAAGACGAACAAGCUACAGCCACAACCACUGUCAAUAAUAAGAAAGAAGAUGUCGCCACUGCUCAAAUUCCCGUGACAGCUGCUCAAGCCGUACUGACGGCCGCGCAAAUUACUGCCGCCAACGACGCAUCAACUGCCGGUGCACUUUCCGGUGUGGGUUCGAGUGCAAUCGUGAAUGAAAUUAACACGGCCACCUGCUUGUACGAUUACCUUCUGAUCGCCGGUGCCCGCGAUUCUACGAAUGUUGAAGCCGACCGAUACUGCGGCAACGCCCUCAAUCCAGCCGCGACUCCAGUUGCCGCCAGUGUCCCAGUGUGCACUCCGAUCAAGCUAUUUAGGAUGACGUAUCAAACCGACAGCACAGAGGGGGAAGUGGCUGCAGGGACGGACAUUCUUCCGGCACCAGCUGAUACAGCAAACACUGGAUUUUGCCUCGAUUAUCAAGAGAAAUAGGCAUCGCAUGACAAUCAAGAAUUACCUUGGGGAUGAGCUGUUUUAUGGUUUUUCUUUAAUUCAAAUUUAAAUGUUUCAAAUUUAAAUUUGAACUUGGUAGAUGGUAAAUGGAUUUUUAUUUAGCUCUUCUUUUUUUGUGGCGCAUUUCAGUUGAUUUUAACUAUACCACGGUGCAUUUUCUUGGACACACGCUAUUUCAAAGUUUUGUACUUUUCAUCUUUAUACGACCUCUUAUUUUCUGUACCAAUUUUUUAUAAUGUAUGAAAACGAACGUAUUAAUAAACAUUUUUUUGGCAAGGUAAAAGAA